AUGCCAACGACGCCUUGUCUCCUUGGCAAGGAAGAGGCUGCUGGGUCCAAAACCAUUAGGCCUCUCAGGUUUAAGUCUCGUUAUACGGGUUUGGUCCGGCUUUACGUUGGACUUUGCCAAUCUAACACUAAAAUCUUUUGUUGGCUGGAUUUAAAGGCUCUUUCAAAUGGAAAGCCAACUGUUGUAGAGUUCUAUGCAGAUUGGUGUGAAGUAUUCAGGGAAUUAGCUCCGGAUAUUUACAAAGUAGAGCAGCAAUACAGGGAUCGUGUAAAUUUUGUAAUGCUGAAUGUCGACAACACGAAGUGGGAACAAGAACUUGACGAGUUUGGCGUGGAGGGUAUUCCGCAUUUUGCAUUCCUGGACAAAGAUGGGAACGAGGAGGGAAACGUUGUAGGCAGGCUUCCAAGGAAGUACUUGCAGGAGAACGUGGACGCUCUUGCCCGCGGGGAGGCAUCAGUUCCUCAUGCUCGUGUGGUGGGACAGUAUUCAAGCGCUGAAUCGAGGAAGGUGCACCAGGUUGUUGAUCCCAGAAGUCAUGUGUAGAUGUUAUAUUGUUUUGAGAUUAAAUUCCCCAAGUAUUUCCUGACUUAGUUUUAUUGUAUAUCAAUGCAGCUAUGGUUUGAAUAUAGAAGGGGUAACCCUUUGCUUAGCAUGAUUAAUGUGACCAAA